AUGGUCGAGGACAACCUCAAGAACAAAGACCUCGCCGAAUCCGAUGUCUCAUCGGAGGGGUCCGACUGGGAAGACGCCGAGCCCGAAGAGGAGGAGACUGUGGCCUUCAUCUCCCUCCUCGACGACUCCGUCUUUCCCAACAUGAACGCUAUGCUGCAGCACUGUCGGGAGAAGCACAAUUUUGACCUCCUCGCUGUCCGUCGCCGUCUCGGCCUCGACUUCUUUGGCACGGUCAAGCUUGUCAAUUUUAUUCGCCAACGUAUCCACGACGGUGCUGCCCUGCCCGAAGCCAUCUCCGCCGAAGACAUUGCCGAUGAUCAUCUUAUGAAGCCCGUUAUUGAGGAUGAUGCUUUGAUCAUGGCUCUCACAGAGCUGGAUCUGGACAAUGAAUCACCAGAGGCCACUCAGCAAGCCGCCCAAUCUUCUUCGCGGGAAGCUCAGCUCGAGGAGGAGCUGGAAAAGCUCAAGUCACAGUUCGCCAGCUACCGCGCCGCUGUCGAGCAGACCCUUGACCAGCGCUGGGGAGACGACACUAUUGUUGCCACUCAGGGCGAGAAGUCGCGCGACGUUGACGACAAGGGUGUUCGGAAGGACGAAUCUCAAUACUACUGGGAGUCUUACGCCGCCAACGACAUUCACGAGACCAUGCUCAAGGACAAGGUCCGAACUGACUCUUACCGCGACUUUGUCUACAACAACAAGUCUCUCUUCAAGGACAAGGUCGUCCUCGACAUUGGUUGCGGCACUGGCAUUCUGAGUAUGUUCUGCGCCAAGGCCGGCGCGAAGCAGGUCUUUGCCGUUGACAAGUCCGACAUCAUCGACAAGGCUCGGGAGAACGUCUUUACCAACGGGCUUGCCGAUAAGGUCACCUGCAUCAGAGGGAGGGUCGAGGACAUCAGCCUCCCGGUCGACCAGGUCGACAUCAUCAUCAGCGAGUGGAUGGGCUAUUGCCUGCUCUACGAGGCUAUGAUGAACAGUGUCCUCAUCGCCAGGGACCGCUUUCUGAAGCCCGAUGGCCUCAUCGCCCCGAGCAUCUCGACUAUAUGGAUGGCCCCCGUUUCAGACCCCGAGUAUAUCACCGACUUCGUCACCUUCUGGGACGACGUCUACGGCUUUGACAUGAAAUCGAUGAAGGCCGGCAUCUACGACGAGGCCCGCAUCGAGAUCAUGCCCGAGAAUUGCAUCUGCGGCACCCCAUCGCAGAUUUCGUACAUUGACCUGCACACCGUCAAGAUCGAGGACCUCGACUUCGAGGCCCAGUGGAAAUCGACGCUGUCCAGGGAUAUUCCGUCACUUGACGGCUUCCUAAUCUGGUUCGACAUUUUCUUCACCACUUCUCGCAAGGACACGAUUCCGGCGGGCUUGCAGGUCAAGGCUGGCGAGACGAGCGUGACCCGGCCCGGCGAGGUAGCCUUCACCACCGGACCCUCAGGCCCUGACACCCACUGGAAGCAGGGUUUCCUGAUGAGCAAGUAUCUUGAAGAGAACAAUGAUGUCAAGGCUGGUGCUGAGGUCUCUGGUCGCGUCGUCUUUAAGGCGCCUGAGAACAACCCCCGUGCGCUGACCAUCAGCAACACGUGGACCGCACCCACCCAGGAGACGAAGACGCAGCUAUGGAGGCUAAGAUAG